AUGGGACGUCAUGACCUCGAGUAUCCCAAGGAUGCCACCAACACCGUCAAACGAUAUAAUGCCCACGCCGUUUAUGCACUCGAGACGAUCCAUCGAAUUGUCAAUUCCUGCCAAAUUCUGCACGUCUCUUUCAAUGUGCCCUCUCAACCAUUCCCAGUGACUCUGCCAAUGAUUGGACAAAUGGGUUCCUUUGAGCGACCAAGUGCCGACCUUGGAGACGUUCUUGAGCUUUACCUCCAUGGCUAUGUUUCCUCCCGCAUGAUGAACACGUGCAAAAACAACGAAAGCGGCGAUGCGGAAAGCGAAGAAUCUCAGGGCAUGCCAGUUUGUAUCGCCGCCUCUCAUGUGGAUGGCUUGGUCCUCACUCUCACCUCGUAUUCGCACAACUACAACUAUCGCUCAACCGUCCUGUUUGGAUACGCCACUCAUGUCAAAGACGAAGCCGAGAAGCUGUAUGCCAUGGAACUCAUCACGAACAGUGUUGUGCCCGACCGUUGGCGCCAUACCCGUCUACCACCUACCAAGGCGGAGAUUCAGAGCACUGGUAUCCUCAAGGUCCGAAUUGCCUCUGGCAGCGCCAAAGUCAGCGCUGGUCAGGCCAGUGACGACAAGACCGAUAUGAGUAACGAGGCCAUGCUUGAUUCAACCUGGACCGGAGUCCUGCCGAUCUAUCAGACAAUGGGGGAUCCGGUGCCGAGUCCGUAUAACCGGGUUGAUGUUCCGGCCCACGUCUCGGAGUUUGCGAGUGACUUUAAGGCGGAUAAUAGCCAGAUCUCUCUUGAAGCAGCCAAGGGGGAACGACGUGCUCUGUAA